AAUGAUGCUUAAGAAUUAUUUGAUCUGAGUUUAGAGAGAAAGUUGGCUUGUGUUAGUCUGUUGAAUUUAUGUUGUGAUCUUUCAGCUUACUACCAAAAAGGACAAUGACUAUGUACCCAAAGAAGUUGCUAUUCUGCCUCAGUUCUUAUCUUUUGUUAUACCCUUCUCAAUGUGGAACCAACUGCAUAUUCUGACUAGAGCGAAACGAUCCAUACUUUGCUAUUUGGAUUAAUAUCCGACAUACUGCUGGUUUGAUUGUUACAACUCAAUGAGGGGAACAUUAGAUUUUGUGAUGAGGGUUCUUUGAUACAGUUGGAACUGGGUAUUGAACCAUUCCUAGUUUCAUCCUCAAACAUGAAAUCAAAAUUGAAAAAUGGCUGGCGAUCUAUCGUGCCUCUUCAUGUGCAAGGCGAAUCAGCCAUGAGGUUUUGUGUGUUCCCUAAAGUUAAAUCGGCAAGCUAUAGCCCCGGCGACACUCCUGUUUUUCUCAAUGUAUAUGACUUAACUCCGGUCAAUGGCUACUUCUACUGGGCUGGCGUUGGCGUCUUUCACUCUGGCGUGGAAGUGCACGGUACUGAAUAUGCUUUUGGAGCUCAUGAUUAUCCUACUAGUGGCGUCUUUGAAGUUGAACCUCGCCAAUGCCCUGGAUUCAGAUUUCGCAAGUCAAUUUUCAUGGGCACAACACAUUUGAACCGUGACCAAGUUAGAGAAUUCAUGGAGCACCAAGCCACAAAUUACUAUGGUGAUUCAUAUCACUUGGUUGUUAAGAACUGCAACCAUUUCUGUGAUGACAUAUGCUACAAGUUGACGGGCAACCGGAUCCCGAAAUGGGUGAACCGGCUAGCGAGGAUAGGUUCAUUCUGCAACUGUAUACUCCCGGAAUCUCUUAAAGCAACUACUGUUCGUCAUGAUGCAAAUUAUCAAGAUUUGGAGUCUGAGAGAAAGAGCCUGAGAAGCUCUUUAAGCUGCUUCUCCUCAAUCUCAAUGCACCAGAAAGAGAGAGAAGUAUCUAUAUCAUCAUUGUUCCUACACUCCCACUACAAAGGCUGCCUUCCUCCUUGGGAGUUGAAGAAAUCCAGAAGUAAGUCUCUGAAAGAAGGAUAGAAAAUAAUCCUUCUUCAUUCAGGGGACAUUUUUGUUUCUCUCCCCGCGGAUUCUUGCUGUCCUUUUUGUUUUUUGAAAGGAAUGCUCGUCCUUUUAUAUGUUCUUUCGUCGCUCCAAUAUCUGCAUUUUAUGUGUGUAUUCUACUCUUGUACUUGUUUUAAGAUGCCUGUGCAGAAUUAUCACUUUGAUAGUGACAGAAUUUUUGGUGGUGA